UAUUAUAGACAUCAACUCUACUAUUCCUAUAAAAUAGUAAUUACAAUGGCAGACUUAGCCUUGGGAACAUGGAGAAUGGCAGAAUCUCAUAAUUUUGAUGAUUAUAUGAAAGCAUUGGGUGUUGGGUUAGUAAUGAGAAAGAUGGCAAACAUGGCCAAGCCAACAAUAGAAAUAUCUGUGGAUGGUGACCACUGGACCAUAAAAACUAUAACUACUAUAAAAACAACAGAAAUCAAUUUCAAACUUAAUGAAGAAUUCAAUGAAACUACAGCAGAUGGGCGAAAAGUGAAGAGUACAGCACGCUUGGAGGGUAACAGAUUAGAUAUUGACCAAAAGGGAGACUGCAAUUCUCUUAUAUCACGAGAAUUUGAAGGCAACACCAUGACUCUGAAACUAGUUGCAUAUGAUGGCGACAAAGAAGUUACAUGCACAAGAAAAUAUUUGAAAGUCGAAUCAUAGACUCUUUAAAGAACAAGCCUAGAGCGUCGUUGUUGUGAGAUGCUUUGUACAGUUGAAGGACUAUGACAUUUAACCGGUGUAAAGAGCUUACAGGGGGAACUACAAAAAGCUUUUAAUGUACAUAAUAUCAUUUGACAAUAAAAAAUGUGA